AUGGCUUUAUCCAGUACUAGUAACAUCAUCCAUACCUCUGGUAAAUCUCUUGUUGUAAUCAAUGGAACUCAACUUCCAUUGAAGCUUUCAGCUCAAAAUUACUCUACAUGGCGUGCUCAGAUCACUCCACUUCUUCGAGGACACAAUCUCAUGGGUUAUGUCACUGGCACUAUCACUUCUCCUCCUACUCAUAUUGAGAAAAAUGGUACUCACAUUUCUAAUCUAGAUUAUGAGUUUUGGGAAUACCAAGAUCAGUUAAUCCUAGCUGCUAUUAUUGCUUCGGUUUCCUUCUCGGUUUUGAACACCAUUGUAGAUGCUAAAACCUCAACGGAGGCAUGGAACAAACUUCAGGUAGCCUUUGCAAAUAAAUCGGCUACACAAAUUCUUUCUUUACGAGAAAAGCUAUCACGAACCAAACGUGAUUCUCGCCCAGUUGCUAAAUAUCUUCAGCUUGUCAAAUCCAUUGCGGAAGAACUCUCCUUGUGUGGCAGUCCCGUAAAUGAUGUUGAUCUCAUCAUUCAUGUAUUGGGUGGAAUUGGCUCAGAGUUUCGUGACAUUGCUACGGCAAUGCAUGCCAGAGAUACUAUCAUUUCAUUUGAUGAACUGCAAGAUAAGCUGCUUGACCAUGAAUUACAUCUCAAACAGAUUGAUCCCAAUUUUGAUCCCACCCCUGUAAUAGCAAAUCUUAUGAUAGUUAUGACAUUUUUGCUGUCACAUUAUGCAGAAAUUGUAUCAUUUUAA